CAGGGCGCGGCCGCUCUAGGCGCAGGAGGGUUUAUUCUCGCUCCUCGCGAGUCCUCCCGGCCCCUCCGCUCCGCGCCGCUUCCGGUUCCGCCGCCGCCCCCACAGCGGUGUGUCCGUCCGGCCGCCGUGUUGUAAGGAGCUGGAACCAUGACGGACUCCAAAUACUUCACGACCAAUAAAAAAGGGGAGAUUUUUGAACUGAAGGCCGAACUCAAUAAUGAGAAGAAAGAGAAGAGGAAAGAAGCUGUGAAGAAGGUUAUUGCAGCCAUGACCGUGGGGAAGGAUGUCAGCUCACUCUUUCCUGAUGUUGUGAACUGCAUGCAGACUGACAACCUGGAGUUAAAGAAGCUGGUCUACCUUUACCUGAUGAACUACGCCAAAAGUCAGCCAGAUAUGGCCAUCAUGGCUGUCAACAGCUUUGUGAAGGACUGUGAAGACCCAAACCCUCUGAUCCGUGCCCUGGCCGUGCGUACAAUGGGAUGCAUCAGGGUGGACAAGAUCACAGAGUACUUGUGUGAGCCUCUUCGCAAGUGCCUGAAGGAUGAAGACCCUUAUGUACGGAAGACUGCAGCUGUCUGUGUGGCGAAGCUGCAUGACAUCAAUGCCCAGAUGGUGGAGGACCAAGGCUUUCUGGAUUCCCUGCGUGACCUGAUAGCAGACUCCAAUCCCAUGGUGGUAGCGAACGCUGUGGCCGCCUUGUCGGAAAUCAGUGAAUCGCAUCCCAACAGCAACCUGCUGGAUUUGAACCCUCAGAACAUCAAUAAGCUACUGACAGCUUUAAACGAAUGCACAGAGUGGGGCCAGAUCUUCAUCCUGGACUGUCUGUCCAACUACAACCCCAAGGAUGAUCGUGAAGCUCAGAGCAUCUGUGAACGGGUGACCCCUCGGCUGUCUCACGCCAACUCCGCAGUGGUGCUCUCAGCAGUGAAGGUCCUGAUGAAGUUCCUGGAACUUCUUCCCAAGGAUUCUGACUAUUACAACAUGCUGCUGAAGAAACUCGCCCCUCCGCUGGUGACCCUGCUCUCUGGAGAGCCUGAAGUUCAGUAUGUUGCCCUAAGGAACAUCAACUUGAUUGUGCAGAAAAGGCCUGAAAUUCUGAAGCAAGAAAUCAAGGUGUUCUUUGUGAAGUACAACGAUCCCAUCUAUGUUAAACUGGAGAAACUGGACAUCAUGAUCCGCCUGGCUUCUCAAGCAAACAUUGCCCAGGUCCUGGCAGAGCUCAAGGAAUACGCUACUGAGGUGGACGUUGACUUCGUGCGCAAGGCUGUCAGGGCAAUAGGGCGCUGUGCCAUCAAAGUUGAGCAAUCUGCCGAGCGCUGCGUAAGCACACUGCUAGACCUCAUCCAGACCAAGGUCAACUAUGUGGUCCAGGAAGCCAUUGUUGUCAUCAGAGACAUCUUCCGCAAGUACCCCAACAAGUAUGAAAGCAUCAUUGCCACUCUGUGCGAGAACCUUGAUUCCCUGGAUGAACCAGAUGCUAGAGCUGCGAUGAUCUGGAUAGUGGGCGAAUAUGCAGAAAGGAUUGACAAUGCAGAUGAGCUGUUGGAGAGUUUCUUGGAGGGCUUCCAUGAUGAAAGCACUCAGGUGCAGCUCACCCUACUGACUGCUAUAGUGAAGCUGUUCUUAAAAAAGCCUUCUGAGACACAGGAGCUGGUUCAGCAGGUCCUCAGCCUGGCCACACAGGAUUCCGACAACCCAGACCUGCGGGAUCGGGGCUACAUCUACUGGCGCCUUCUUUCCACGGAUCCAGUGACUGCCAAAGAAGUGGUCCUAUCGGAAAAGCCACUUAUUUCUGAAGAGACUGAUCUGAUUGAACCCACCCUGCUAGAUGAGUUGAUCUGCCAUAUCGGGUCUCUGGCUUCUGUGUACCACAAGCCACCCAAUGCUUUUGUGGAGGGGAGCCAUGGGAUCCACCGCAAACACUUGCCAAUUCACCAUGGAAGCACUGAUGCAGGUGAUAGCCCUGUGGGCACAACAGCCACUACAAACCUGGAGCAGCCACAAGUCAUUCCAUCCCAGGGCGACCUUCUGGGUGACCUUCUCAACCUGGACCUGGGACCUCCAGUGAAUGUUCCCCAAGUGUCCUCCAUGCAGAUGGGUGCUGUGGACCUCCUGGGAGGAGGGCUGGACAGCUUGCUUGGCAGUGACCUUGGCGGGGGCAUUGGAGGAAGCCCGGCAGUGGGGCAGACCUACAUUCCCUCCUCUGUGCCAGCCACCUUUGCCCCUUCACCCACCCCGGCCGUGGUGAGCAGUGGACUCAAUGAUCUCUUCGAGCUCUCCUCUGGUAUAGGCAUGGCUCCUGGAGGAUAUGUGGCUCCAAAGUCUGUUUGGUUGCCUGCAGUGAAAGCUAAAGGACUGGAGAUCUCAGGCACAUUCAGUCACAGGCAGGGACACAUCUACAUGGAGAUGAACUUUACCAACAAGGCUUUGCAGCACAUGACUGACUUUGCCAUUCAGUUCAAUAAGAACAGCUUCGGGGUCAUCCCAAGCACCCCACUGGCCAUUCACACACCUCUGAUGCCAAACCAAAGUAUUGAUGUCUCCCUGCCCCUCAACACUUUGGGACCAGUCAUGAAAAUGGAGCCUCUGAACAACCUCCAGGUGGCUGUGAAAAACAACAUUGAUGUCUUUUACUUCAGCUGCCUAAUUCCUCUCAACGUGCUUUUUGUAGAGGAUGGCAAAAUGGAGCGCCAGGUCUUCCUUGCAACAUGGAAAGAUAUUCCAAAUGAAAAUGAGCUUCAGUUCCAGAUUAAAGACUGUCACCUGAAUGCUGACACUGUCUCCAGCAAACUGCAGAAUAACAAUGUCUACACCAUUGCCAAGAGGAACGUGGAGGGUCAGGACAUGCUCUACCAGUCUCUGAAGCUCACCAACGGCAUCUGGAUCUUGGCUGAGCUUCGCAUUCAACCGGGGAACCCAAACUACACGCUCUCCCUGAAGUGCCGAGCUCCCGAAGUGUCCCAGUACAUCUACCAGGCCUACGAUGCCAUCUUGAAAAACUAACAGGAGCUCAGCCUGUGCCUCACCCUGCGGAAGGAGGCCGGGAGAAAGGGGUCCCCACAUCCUCCUUCACCACUAGCGCAGGGGAAAGCACUCUGUAACUGGAAGCAGCUGUAUUCAUGUGUAGGAUGUCAGUCAAAGGCACUGAUUCAAGGUAGCAAUUAGUAUCCACGUGCUAAUGAUGAUAGGGAACAAACCCCUUUGGUAUUUUUAGCGUCCAUGGAGUUUGUAACCACUGCUUCGAUGACUCCCACGUCCCCCUCGCCCCUCACUCCUUGUCUGUUCUCGUGGGCUUCUCCAUUUUGUGCCAAUGUCCAGUGUUUUCUAAAUGGCUUUAGGCGUAGUUCCAGUUUUGUAAACUCAUUGGGGAAACAAAGGAACAAGCAGAAACCCAUCCGUCGGCUCAUUAAAACAAGGUGAAAAGUGUCGGAAACGUUAACACUGCACUUUAUUUUCUAUUUUUAUACUUUUGGGUUGGUUUUUGAGUUUUUCUAUUGGAAUUGGCUUAAAGGGAAGGUGAUUGCAAGGAAGUAAUGGGGGAGCUUUGCAGGGAUGUCAGGCUCUAGCAAGGUGAGCACAGCCUCGGGGCGUUAGGAGCAGAGCCAUCAGUGUGGUGGAUGGAGCCCUACAGAGGGGUUUUUAUUACACUCGUGCUGACAGCUUCAGCUCUGCUUUUGAUGGUGUUUUCACUCCAACCAUCUCCCUGGCUCAUUAGCUGCUGAUUGGAGGAGUGAGGCUGCUUUUGUGUGGGGAGAAGCUGCAGACCUGGAUUGAUAACAGGACAGCGAUGGAUGAAAUGAAGGAAAAGAGCCCGCUCUGAGAGCAAAAGGCUCCAGGUAUGCGCUCUGCAUCCUCACCCAGCUGCAGCCCCUCUCCUUGUGCUUUCCGUGCCUGCUAUGGCCAAACUGCCUUCUCUAACCCCUGAGGCUCGUGGUGGUAAAUCCAACUGUGCCCCUGCACAGGGGGGUUGCUGCUGGCAGUGUCUCGGGUGCCAAAGGGAGCGGAGCUCCUUCUCCCUGUGCUGUCCCCCAAAACCCAGGCCAUGGUGUGAUGGGAGAUGCUUUGGGCUUAUGGGGUUUGCUCCCUGCCUUCAAGCUGGGCUGAGAGUCCAGCAGAUGAUGGAAGUGUUUCUUCCAUGUGCAGCUUGACUCUUUGUGCCCAGAGGCCGUUUUGGUUCCUGCUCUCACCCCUGUCCUGAGCAGCCCCAUGCCCUGGUCCUUCUUUUCCAGUCUCUCCUUAGGGCCAGGACUGCUUCUAUUUCCAGUCCAUGGCUGUGGACUCACCACAUUGCAACCACUAAGUGCUGCAGUAACAGCAGUGAAAGCAAAGCCUCUUGCAUGUCCUUGCUCCAUCCAUAGCUUGUCCUGCUUAAACCAAGCCACUAACCAGAGCGGCUUUGCCCUCCCCAGCAUGCAUUGAUUCCAUCUGCUCCCCAGCAAGCAAAGCUCUUACGCAUAGCAACCCCCAUGUUGUCUUUUUAGAUGCCACAUUCAAAGUCAAUACAUGGUUUAUGGUGGGAGAUAGUCCAUCAGGGCUUGGGCAUUGUCUGCAACCAAGAAAUCAGUGCUGGGAGAAGGUCACAGUGCCAGAAGAGACUCCAGCAGGGAGCUGAGUAGCUCCAGUUGGAGCUGCAGGACCCCAAGGAAGGUGAUGUCCCUGUGUUAGGAACCCCUGUGCUCUGGCUGAGGGAAAAGUGGGGCAGAGCUGGAGCAAUCCAGCCCUUGAGCCCUGCCUCUGUGUGUGCUGGAGGUGAUUUGCAGAGCAUCCUGCAGCAAUGGUUCAUAGAGCAAGUGAGGAAGCAGUGGUGGCACCGCGUGUGAUGCUGUGUUGGGGCAGGGAGGAAGGUGUAGCUUUGAUGCAAGCAGGGGUUGCUGAGCACCCCCUUCUCUUGUCUGAUUCCCUGGCUUUUGGGUGCAUGCAUGGGUGUCUGCACUGCAGGGCAGAGCCUGGGCUCCCUCAGUGGUGGUUGCCCUCUCCCACCGCACUGCUCAUCCAAGCAUUGGCCGUGUGGUUGUGUUGCUCUUCAGGCUUUACCUGCCCUCCGUGUCAAUAAACUCAUUUCCACGA